AUGAUGUUAUCCGAUGUUUCUGAGUCAGUUAAAGCGAGCGGUGAAGCUACGGUUCCCUCCGUUCCGAUCAAACCCGUCAAUCAAACCAGUGUCUCUUCCGGCGAUGAAAAAGCCCGCGAUGUCAGUUCCGUGAAAUCAGAAGUUCUCUCUGCGGCCUCCUCCGGUCCGAGCAAGUCAAUCGGCAAAGCCGGUGUUUCUGCCGGCCUCAACAUCGGCGCUAAGUACAAAGCCUUUGUCUCUUCCCGCGAUAAAGGCAAGGCUAUCACGAAGGUGCUUAUUGGCCUCGAGAUGAUCCUCAUCGAUGAAGAGGAAAAUGUUAUCCAGGGUUUCAUCCCUAAUGGAAGGAUUGAGACUUACUUGCGUCACAUGAAGGCCGGUGGUACUAACCGACUCAACAAGUUUUUUGGAUCAAAGAGCAAGCCUAUUUAUCGGGUAGCUGACCAGAUGUCACCAUUAGCUUCUCAUGGAACUCUGUCCUCUAUAAUCUCGAGGACAGUUCCAUUAACUUCCCUGAGGAUCGGUUCCGGAUCCAUGGUUACAGAGAAUUCGAGGCUGCCUCUGAUCAAAGAGGUGAUCUUUAUGGUUCUCAGUGACGGUCCUCUUCUUGAUGAAACAGAGAUAGCUGCAUCCCGCCGAGUGGAACUUCAUGUUCAAACUCAUGACGACCCCGUUCUGAAGUUGUACCUCUGGGACAAGGCUGCCUUCCAGUUCUGUGAGAAGUUCAAGGCGUCUAUAGGCACUGCCCGUGUUAUCUUAGUGACCACCUUAAACCCGAAACUGUUUGGAGGAGUCCUCUAUCUAUCUUCUAUGGCGUCUUCACGGGUAUUUCUGGAUAGUGAUGUCCAAGAAACCUGUUAUUACGAUAUCAUAAUUUCUGAUUUGGCUUUUUCCACUAAGCUGGACUCGAACUUAGAUGUUGCCAACAUGGUUAAUGCAGAGGUGGUCACCAAGCCUGAGUUAGCGACUUUGGGAGACCUCUUUUCCUAUAUGAAUCAGGCAGCCGCUAAGGUUACUUGGUUUGAGUGCACAGCAACUAUUGAUGAUGUUGUGCACGGUUCUGGGUGGUAUUAUAUAGGCUGUGGUGUGUGCCAUACCAAGGCGACCAAGCGACCUACAACCUUCAUGUGUAAGAAAUGUGGGAAGAGUGAGAUUGAUGGUGUGACGCAAAGAAUCAAGCCGUAUUUUUUUGUUCUUGGGGAUGCUGGUGAGGAGUUGACUGGAAAGAAAGCUACUAAGUUAGUUGAAAGAUACUAUCAGGCCAAUGAGGAUGUGGGAGAGGAUCACAUAGUUCCAGUGCCUCAAGCCAUGAUUGAUACCAUCGGGCAAACAAGGAAGUUCAUUGUGAAGGCCAAUGAGGAUGUGGGAGAGGAUCACAUAGUUCCAGUGCCUCAAGCCAUGAUUGAUACCAUCGGGCAAACAAGGAAGUUCAUUGUGAAGGUAUCAAAUCACAAUUUGAAUGGCAAAUCCCAGACUUUAACUGUGACAAAGGUGCUUCCUCUCAAAGCCCCAGAACCCGUGGUCGAGACAGGAGAGAACGUUGAUGGGGAAUCUGAUAGUGAAGGGGGUGAUCAUGCAGAUGAAUCGGUGAAGAGGAGUGCUGAUGGGAUUGAGUUAGAAGGUGUCAAGCGUGCCAAAUGUGGCUGA